UAAGCUUUCAAGAAGUUUGACAUAAGAGAUGUAUGUUUUCAGGAUGCAUCUUCUGCCUGAGAGUGAACAGCUUUUCCCCGUCACCGUUUUUUGUCCAUGCGAGACUGAGUUACGGGUUCUUUAUGGGGGGGAAGGGGGGUAGUUUCUGCGAGAUGGAAGCCUGACUGGGGAAUGAUGGAGACAACCCGGCAUCCGGGAUCGCCUGCAUUUUCUAUCUCCCCAUCUCGACCUGGGGCAAUUUAUUAAACCGGCCCAGCUGCCACCCGGAACCCCGGACUCUCUUCUGCAAAACACCUUGACCACUCUCUCCUCUCUUCCCUCUCGAGUUGCACCAGCGGUUACCAGGACGUCGCCUAUCUGCUCCUCUUUCAACAUCUCUCCGUCCCGCUCCUCCCCCCAAGCGCUUCUCGUCUCGAACAGCCCGGAGACUCGGAAAUGGCGUCUUCAAUGGCCUCGGCGGCUCUCAAGUCGCGCAUCAAGCGCCCCUCGAUGCUGAAGAAGCUGUGCCAGCCUCAAGACCUGCUCCAACACUUCCCUAACGGCGCCUACAUCGGCUGGUCCGGGUUCACUGGCGUUGGUUAUCCAAAGUAAGACAU